AUGUCCGUGCCAUUCUCAAGACUACCAGAGGAGAUCUUCAAGGAGUUAGCGCGGAUGGAACUAGCGAACAGAGGUGUAGCAAAAAGAUUCGAUCACAUCUUAGAUCUGGCAUAUGGACGUAAAGGCAAGCUCAAGUGGGAGCUCAUGAAUUCCAUUUUAUCAGAUCCUACUGCUCCCCUCCCCGAGAGAAUAAUCCCGACGGUCGAAAAGUCCCGUCCUCCUGUCUAUUCUGCCGAGCUGAGUGCGCUCCUUAUGUCCACAUAUUCUCACAAGAAGAAGCCUCUUACACGCAACGCCCUUCGAUCUCCACCGACACUACCAGCUCGGGCAAAUCCAGAAUCUGAUGCUGCUCGGCUCCUAGGACCUUUGAGCAAACGUCGGAAGGUAAACAUUCUCUGGAGGUUUUACACCGAUCAAAUACAAAGAGUAUAUCCACCACUGCAAGUAGCGGUGGAAUCAGGUUCAGCCGGCGAGACUCGGUAUCUCACUGAUCUAACAUCUCUCAAACAUGCCGGCAUUCGAGCGGUUGGGAUGCAAAAUCAAGACAUACUUCAGGAUAUCCAAUCAUUAGCUACACAUCACACCUGCUUAGCGAACUCCCUGGAAGACCAGGAGGCGGCUUCACCGUCGCCGCUGUCGUCUUCGCAUUUGUCACCCCGCUUCAUACGCCGGCGGUUUGCUCAUCUUCUAGGACGUCUACCAAUUCUGACAUAUCGGGAGGUGCUCGACACCACCGCUCAACCAGGACAGCAUGGUGGCAAGUACCGAGUAUCCAUCUCGCCCUCAGCAAUCCACCCCAGCUUGCGCUUCUCUCCGAAUCACCUCGUUAACGCUGGUGCUGACGACAUCGCCUGGUUCGAGUCUGCACAGUUAGAAGAGAAGAUGCGUAAAGAAUUCUCAAAACAGCAGCGUGCCGAGCGACUGAGCAGUGGAAAUCGGAGCAUCUGA